AAAUAAAUAAAUAAAUAAAUUUCACCUACCAAACUCCCCCUGUCUCUCUCUCUCUCUCUCUCUCAUUCUAUAAAACCCAUUCUGCAUUUGCAGCAUUUUGUAGAGCCAGCCAUCCUCCACAGCUCUCUCAUCCUCUCACUCUCACACAUUUCCACAGAGACAACAGUUUACAAUGGCUGCUUUGCCCAACACCGCUGCCUUCUCCUCCAAAUCCGUCAUCCAGCCCCAAACCCUCCUCCCAGCCGCCGCCCAUUCCUCCUCAUUCUCCUGCGCCCCGGCCUCCAGCGCCGCCCGCCGCCAUAUCUCUGCCGUGCAUGCUGCGGAGCCGGCCAAGGCCCCCGUGGUGACGGCCAAGCCGGCGCCGCCAUCCCCCUCCAACGCCAAGUGGACCCCGGAGUCCUGGAAAACGAAGAAUGCUCUGCAGCUCCCGGAGUACCCCGAUGCGGCCGAGCUUGAGUCGGUGCUGGACACCAUGGAGGCCUACCCGCCGCUGGUGUUCGCCGGAGAGGUGCGCAGCCUUGAGGAGCGGCUGGCGGAGGCCGCCGUCGGCAAAGCCUUCCUCCUCCAGGGCGGCGACUGCGCCGAGAGCUUCAAGGAAUUCAGUGCUAACAACAUUCGUGACACCUUCAGAAUUCUUCUCCAGAUGAGCGUCGUCCUCUCUUUCGGCGGUCAAUUGCCUGUUAUCAAGGUUGGGAGGAUGGCUGGACAGUUUGCCAAACCAAGAUCAGACUCUUUUGAAGAGAAGGAUGGAGUGAAGCUGCCUAGUUACAAAGGCGAUAACAUUAACGGCGAUGCCUUUACUGAAAAAUCAAGAAUCCCGGAUCCUCACAGGAUGAUCAGAGCCUAUUGCCAGGCUGCAUCGACCCUUAAUCUUCUAAGGGCCUUUGCUACCGGUGGUUACGCUGCAAUGCAGAGAGUUACUCAGUGGAAUCUUGAUUUUGUCGAGAACAGUGAGCAGGGUGACAGGUAUCAAGAACUGGCUCACCGGGUUGACGAAGCCUUGGGGUUCAUGGAGGCUGCUGGACUCACGAUCGACCACCCUGUGAUGUCAACGACGGAGUUUUGGACUUCUCAUGAAUGUUUGCUGCUCCCUUAUGAACAAGCACUCACCCGUAAAGAUUCAACAUCUGGUUUAUACUACGGCUGUUCAGCCCACAUGCUCUGGGUUGGUGAGCGUACCAGGCAGCUCGAUGGUGCACACGUCGAAUUCUUGAGAGGAGUUUCAAACCCUCUGGGUAUCAAGGUGAGCCAAAAGAUGGACCCGAAAGAACUUACUAAACUCGUCGACAUCUUGAAUCCUUCCAACAAGCCAGGAAGAAUUACUGUCAUAGUCAGAAUGGGUGCCGAGAACAUGAGAGUCAAGCUUCCUCAUUUGGUGAGGGCAGUCCGUGGAGCCGGCCAAAUUGUAACUUGGGUAUGCGACCCUAUGCAUGGGAACACUAUCAAGGCACCUUGCGGACUCAAAACCCGUGCUUUUGAUGCAAUCUUGGCUGAGGUAAGGGCUUUCUUUGACGUUCAUGAGCAAGAAGGCAGCCACCCUGGUGGGAUCCAUCUCGAGAUGACCGGACAGAACGUGACUGAGUGCAUCGGAGGAUCAAGGACAGUGACAUUUGACGACCUGAGCUCACGUUACCACACACACUGCGACCCGCGACUCAACGCAUCACAGUCACUGGAACUGGCCUUCAUCGUUUCGGAGAGGUUAAGGAAGAAGAGGAUGGCAGCUCAACGUCUCAUCUCUUAGAUGUCUACUUGAAUCAGCCGAAAAUGCCAGAUAUUUUAUCACAACUGAGGCUCAAUAUUGUGGAAUAUGCUGUCUACCUACCUCCUCAAAAUUUGUAUUCUGUUGUAGUCAUGUGGAAUUUAUUUUAUCUUUUAUUUGCGAACUUUAAGAGAUUCUCCUCUGUAUUAUUUUGGAAUAAAUCAUGUGCUCCCUCUCUCAUCUCAUGUACUCCAUUAUUUAACAUCGAUAAACAUAUUUAAUUUAUUA